AUGAGCAACCAUUGCGAAUGCUGCGAGAGGAUGAUAAGAUUCAUCAGGAAAACAUGCUGUGAGAGGAUGAAGGCUGCCUCUGAUGUUAAAAGAACAAGCAGUCGCUAUGUUGGUAAUUCAAGCAGUUCUCGAGAUGGCGCUACUCAGUCGUCAGCAGGGGAAGGUUCAGAUUCAGAUGGAAGCCAGAAGGAAAGCUCGUACUGUUACACAAAAUCAGCAAAGAUGCCUGCAAUAUUUUCUUCUGAAGAAUUCUCAGGUUGGUGCUAUCUUACAGAAGCAGAGAAGUUGAAAAUACAUGCACUUGUAGAGAAAAUUCAAUCUGAAAUCCCGGUGCUUGUUGUACGGAUGAAGAAGACAAAUGUAACCAUUGGCGAUCUGGUAAUAUAUAAGGAUUACGCGCUCAAGUACUUCCCAUGUGAAGCUACAAAUAUCAUACUCCAGCUGCCUAGUAAGAACAAGGAAUGGAAGUGCAGAUUGUAUGUCAGGAAAUCAGGCUUGCCUAAUAAUGCAGGUCGGCGCAACCUUUAUUUUGGCAAAUUUGUCCGUGACAACUGUGUUCAAGAGGGAGAUAUCUGCCUCUUUCAGCCAAUAUCAAAGGUUAAGGAAGAAAGCUUCAGAGUAAUUGUCCGUCUGCUUCGGCAAGAGAGCAUUCAUGGUUCCCCUGGUGGAAGAGCAGGUAUGGCGCACACGGCUACUGACAGAAGGACAUGCGCAAAGAUGGCGUUAACAGCCCGUGUUAAGGAGGAACCAGCUACCGAUGGUGAAGAUACGUCAUCUUUGGGAUCUGAAGAGGAUGGAGACAAUUCUGAGGGAGCUUCUGAGACCCCCUUCAUACUGCCACGGAGAGCCUCUGUAACGGCAGCACUGGAGCAGAAAGUGCGGGAGAAAGUAGAAGCCAUUGAGUCGACAGUACCAGUUUACGUCGCGAUCCUCAAUAGGUCCAAUGUUGGUUAUGACAAUUUCACCACCUUCCUAACAUUUGGCGCGAAGUACGCGUCAAGGUAUCUCAACAAGAAUUAUGGUGCUGCGCAUCACGGAAAGAAGAACAUGAUCAGUUUGGUGCUUCAGCGGGAGGGGAAGAGCAGGACAUGGAACACGGAGCUGCGACGCAGGGUGGAUCGGACAUCGAUCCUCAAAGGAUGGGCGUCUUUCGCCCGUAGCAACCGCCUGCGGGAGGGCGACCUCUGCCUCUUCAAGCUAAUGGAGAGCGUGGAGCCGCUGAAGAUGAUGGUUUACAUCAUUCGCCGAGAGAAGUUCUUAGCUUGA